AUGCAUUCUUACAGCUUCACUGAAAGUGGAAGCUGUAAUUUCGGAAAUGAAUCUAGCGGUCAUUUAAAUUUACCAGAGAGAGCGAGAUCUUCAAUUUCCUGGAACUUGAGAAGAAAGGUCGGGAGAAAGACUGUAUCAAAGUGCAAUGACAGAUCACCGAAAUCACCCUCAUCCUCUCGAUAUGACAGCGGUAACAAGCAACACUGGAAAUCAGAAGUAUUGUUUGAAGAUGGGCAAAAAUGGAUUCCUAUUCAAUUGUUCAAAAAGUAUACAAUACCUUGCUGGACUUAUUUUCUGACGACGGACCCCAAUCUAACUUUCUCAAAAUGUAAGUAUUGUGGUUUUGUAAUUAAGAGAAGUCUAAGCUGGUCUGUCUUGAAAAGAUUACAAACUCAUUUGAGAAAUUCUCAUCGUAAUGAUGCUACCGUAAGUUAUUAUCACAAGUUUAACGGAACAUCAAUUGCAGACCUGUCCGUACCAACUUCUAAAAUCACACAGCCUCGCUGCCGAUACCGUAAUUUUACCAUAGAAACAAGAAAGAUUGAUAAAUUGAUUACUGAUGAUAUCGAGGAAUUAUGCUACAUGGAAAAUGAAAAUGCACCUGAUCUAGUUAAAUCAGAGUCUAUAAUCUCAAUUCUGUUUGCAUCUCAAAAUAUUCCUUCGUCUGUUGUUGAUAACCCAGCAUUUGUGUCUUUACUGAAAAGGAUACCCAAGUGUUGGCCAAUGACCCCCAUACAAGUGAGGUCUAUUGCUCUGAAGCUUUCUGAAAAAUUUGAACACAUGAUGGAAAGAUGUAUCUUUGAUUUUUCGCCCAUCGAACUCGAACCAACCUACUUACAUCCGAAAAACAGUAACCUUUUGGCAACAGUCAAAAAAACCUUGGAAGCCAACCUUUUGCUCCUUUACAAAACUCCCAUCAUUUCUUUAUCCUGCCAGGUCUGGAAUGAUCGGUAUUCCGUGCUAAGUGCCCAAUUCUUUGAUCACAUUAAUAAUACCCAAAAAACUUUACCAUUAGAAUUACGCUUACUACGAGAACACAAACCUAAUCCUGGUACUAAACAACGCCCAGAAAUAGCUGAUUUUGUUAUUGAAAACAUACUUCGAUUGAAAUCGCCCGUUAUUUCUUUAAUAACGCCAAAUUACACACUCAGCAGAAGUAUAAAAUUGAGCCCGAAAUUGCAUUUGGAUGAUACACAUUCUAUGCUUGAUAUACGUACUUGUAGUCUACAAGAUCUGCUUACUCUACUUUCUGGUAUUUUUGGAUACCAGAAUUCUUUUGGUUCUUCCGCCAGCCAAAAAGGAAGAAAAGGGGACAACAUAAUAGAUUCACUGAUAGACCUCUCUCAAAUAGAUAUCUCACCUUCAAUAUUUGGCAAGAUUAACGCUUUUUUUAUGUGUAUGAGACGAGAUACUUUUCAGACCGAGCUCUUUGAGACGCUUUGUAAGAAACACGGAUACACCAACAGCGGCUGCAUAAUUUUUGACAGUCGUUAUCCUUCAAGUGCAACCAGGUUCCUGAAGAACUUCCUAGACUUACAGCCAGUUGUAAUGGCUAUGAAUCCAUAUCUACCAAACGAAAAAUUUACUGAAAUGGACAUGAAACUGGCUAGAACAAUUUUGAGUCUGUUGUCUCCAAUAUUCAAAAUAAUUUCCAAAUUCACCUCACCAGAUCCUACAAGUGUCGUUUGGCUUUACGUUUUUGUUUGUGGGUUAGAGAAAACUCUUUAUGGCAUUACGGAAGAAAUGGCGUAUAACAGAUUUUGUGGGGCCUUCAAGGUUCUUUUGACUGCAACUACGAAAUACAAAGAGACCUUAAAAACAUCCCCCAAUACUAUAAUAGCCUCAUUUCUCUGUCCUCAAUUUUUGCUGAACAAUAAUUUACUGAAAGAGCUUUAUGGAACUGAUAAAACAACUCAAUAUCUACCACAAGUCGCUAAAUCUAUAUUACAUUUAUUAAACCAUUUGCUGGGGACAAAAGGAAGAAGAGCUGAUGAGGUGAAAAACCGACAGUCAGGUAAGACAACGCUUGAGGAUCCUUUAAUGGAGGGACUACCAUUUAAAGGAACUACCAAAUUAUCGGUUGGGCUUCAGGAUGAAAACAUUGAAAUGCCUUUCUUUGAACUUCUCGAUGAAGUUUUGUUAGAAGAAAUUGAAAAUGAUUUGGAACACUUCCUUUUCAAUGCCAAACAAAACUGUCCAAACAUCUAUGAAGCCUACUUCAAAACCUUCAAGUUUGAAAGAACUAAGGCUGGGUUUAGGAAGGUUUGUGAUGAAAGAGUUUUAAAUCCUUUGGAGGAAUUGCUGGAAAUUCACAUCCCAGUCGGCAAAGACUUUCUUAACAUGUACUUAUCUGGAGAUGUUGGUUUGUUGUUCACAGUUAUAACAAAAUUAAUAUUUUCGGAGUCUGCGUUUUCAAAAAGAGGGGAAUACGCUUUUUUAAGUACCACAGAAAAAGCGCAACAGGAACAGUCUCUUGAACGGUCCUUGAAAAUAAAACUACUGAACGAACAGUUUGCAUUAAACAAAGUAGACUUGGAAAAGGCCACAUUGGCCACAUUAUGCAAUAUCUCAAGACAGUAA